AUGACUUGCCCGGGCGAGAUACACACGUUUUACUCCGGCAGGCCACAACCUGAAUCGUCUUCGAACCUUUUCACCUUCACUUCUGUCGACCCGAGUAAUGCAAAGCCGCUGGCCACGGUCCAUACGACCACUCCACAGCAGCUCGAUGACGCCAUUGCUUCUGCUCAAGCAGCGUUUCCAUUGUGGUCACAGACUCCAACAACACGCCGGGCUGCCAUAUUGCUGCGAGCGGCAUCUAUUCUCCGCGAGUGUAACGACGGUUUAGCUCUUACGGAGACCCUCGACACUGGGAAACCCUGGUCAGAGACGUCUACAGUGGAUAUCAUGACCGGGGCUGAUGUUCUCGAGUACUAUGCACAUUUUGUUGCGGGCGAAAUUCCAGGACGGCACACACGCUUGGGGCCUAAUAUGUUUUUCUCGACGAGCCAUGAACCAAUCGGUGUUUGUGCGGGCAUUGGUGCCUGGAAUUACCCGAUUCAAAUUGCUCUUUGGAAGUCGGCGCCCUGCCUGGCUGCGGGUAACUGCAUGAUAUACAAGCCAAGCGAGGUCACUCCGCUCCAUGCACAUACCCUCGCGCAGAUCUAUAUCGAAGCUGGGGUGCCACCAGGCGUCUUUAAUGUUGUUUAUGGUGAUGGACCGAGUGUGGGAGCGCCGUUGGUUGCUCAUGAAGGCAUUGCCAAAGUGAGCUUUACAGGGCAGGUUAGCACCGGUGCUAAGGUUGCUAGCGAGGCUGCUGCUGGGAUGAAGGGAAUUACGAUGGAGCUUGGCGGGAAGAGCCCCCUUGUGAUUCUGCCAGAUGCUGAUAUCGGGGAGGCUGCUGAUAUUGCAAUGGUUGCCAACUUCGUCUCGACGGGCCAGGUCUGUACAAAUGGAACCCGUGUCUUUGUACCCGACACUCUUCUCAGGCAGUUGGAGAAUGCUCUAAUCGAGCGGUGCCGGCGCGGGAUCAAUAUGGGGUUGCCGCAGGAUCCGAAAACCAACUUUGGGCCUGUCGUGAGUGCUAUUCAACGAGAUAAAGUCAACAGCUAUAUCAAGUAUGGACGCGACAACGAUAGGGCACGGGUGCUGUUUGAUGGCGCCAUUGACGUCCACAAAGACUUUCCAUCGAAGGAAGGCUUCUGGGUGCCUCCUGUCAUCUUUACCGACUGCAGUGACAGCAUGCGGGUUACGCAAGAAGAGAUCUUUGGCCCAGUGAUGUGCAUUUUGCCAUACGAAACCCAACGUCAGGCGCAAGAAGAUUGGCUACCUAAGCUGAUACACCGAGCCAACAAUACUCGAAUGGGCCUUGCCGCUGGUGUGGUGUCAUCUGAUGUGGGAUUUGCUCACCGUGUUGUUCAACAGCUAGAUGCGGGAAUAUGCUGGAUCAACACCUGGGGAGAAAGCCCUGCGGGGAUGCCUGUCGGCGGCUGGAAGAUGAGCGGUAUAGGGCUGGAAAAUGGCCACGAAGGUAUCCAGGCCUACCUACGGACGAAGAGCACGUUGGUUCAGUGCGGUAAAGGUGCCUGCAGUGGCUUUUUCACUGGGUCUUGA